UGGAGCCCGUGCCCGAGGUGCAAGCCCUCAUCGCCUGGAUGCGCCGCAACAAGUUUCUGCUCUCUGGCAAUCUUCACGGUGGCUCAGUGGUUGCAAGCUAUCCCUAUGAUGACUCUCCCACGCAUAAGCCCACAGGAGUCUACAGUAAAUCAGCCGACGAUGAAGUGUUCAAAUAUUUGGCCAAAGCUUACGCGUCACAUCACCCCAUCAUGAGAACUGGCAAACCCAACUGCCCUGGCGAGGAGGGAGAGACGUUCCAAGAUGGUAUCACAAACGGCGCGCAGUGGUACGAUGUGGAAGGUGGAAUGCAGGAUUACAACUAUGUGUGGGCCAACUGCUUUGAGAUUACAUUGGAGCUGUCCUGCUGCAAAUACCCGCCGACCUCAGAGCUUCAGCAGGAGUGGGAGAACAACCGGGACUCUCUCCUUGCAUUCAUUGAGAAGGUCCACAUUGGUGUGAAAGGCUUUGUCAGGGAUGCAAUCAGUGGAGCUGGCCUGGAGAACGCGACCAUCGUUGUUGCUGGUAUUGCUCAUAACAUCACCGCAGGCAAAUUUGGCGACUACCACCGACUCCUUGUGCCUGGGACCUACAAUGUGACUGCAGUUGUAAUGGGUUACACACCAGUGACCAGAGAAAACAUCGAGGUGAAGGAGGGAGACGCAACAGAAGUGGAUUUCUCCUUGCAGCCAACUGUAAUCCCACCAGCUCCUAACAUCACACAACUCACAGCAGCGCCUGCUCCUGUCUCUACCAUCACCCCCACCCCUGUGCAGGCAGAGGCCCCAAGCCCAACUUCUCUCCAUCAACCUGUCCAGCCUGUGGACUUCCGCCACCAUCACUUUUCAGACAUGGAGAUCUUUCUGCGGCGAUAUGCCAACGAGUACCCCAACAUAACACGACUCUACUCCGUGGGCAAGUCGGUAGAGCUGCGGGAGCUCUAUGUAAUGGAGAUCUCGGACAACCCUGGUGUCCAUGAAGCCGGUGAGCCGGAGUUCAAAUACAUCGGUAACAUGCAUGGGAAUGAAGUUGUGGGGCGAGAGCUGCUCCUGAACCUCAUCGAGUACCUCUGCAAGAACUUCGGCACAGAUCCUGAAGUGACUGACCUGGUCCGGAGCACGCGGAUCCACAUCAUGCCGUCCAUGAACCCUGAUGGCUAUGAGAAGUCCCAGGAAGGUAGUGCUAUCUGUACUGUUGGCAGAAACAACAGCAACAACUACGACCUGAACCGCAACUUCCCAGAUCAGUUUGUCCAUGUGGCAGACCCUCCGCAGCCAGAAACCCUUGCUGUCAUGACCUGGUUAAAGACUUACCCAUUUGUGCUCUCGGCAAAUCUGCAUGGAGGUUCUCUGGUGGUUAAUUACCCCUUUGAUGAUGAUGAACAAGGAAUAGCUGUAUACAGUAAAUCCCCAGAUGAUGCUGUGUUUCAGCAGUUGGCACUUUCUUACUCCAAGGAAAAUAAAAAGAUGUAUCAGGGAAGCCCUUGUAAGGAUAUGUACCCCACUGAGUACUUCCCACAUGGAAUCACUAAUGGGGCUCAGUGGUACAACGUUCCAGGUGGGAUGCAAGACUGGAAUUACUUGCAUACAAACUGCUUUGAAGUGACCAUUGAGUUGGGCUGUGUGAAAUAUCCAAAAGCUGAGGAGCUGCCAAAGUACUGGGAGCAGAACCGCCAGUCUCUGCUCCAGUUCAUGAAGCAGGUUCACAGCGGCGUUUGGGGAUUUGUGCUGGAUGCUACGAACGGAAGGGGCAUUCUCAACGCCACCAUCAGCGUUGCCAACAUCGACCACCCGCUGACCACCUACAAGGAUGGAGACUACUGGCGCCUCUUGGUCCAGGGGAUGUACAAAAUCACAGCAUCUGCCCGUGGGUAUGAUCCGGUCACUAAGACAGUGGAAGUUGGCAGCAAAGGUGGGGUGCAAGUCAACUUCACUCUUUCACGGACAGACAGCAAAGUGGACGAGGGGAAGGUGCCGGUCUUGAACACCCCAGACACCAGCGACCCCAGCGAGAAGGAGUUUGAGACCCUGAUCAAAGACCUUUCUGCUGAGAAUGGCCUGGAGCGCCUCCUGCUUACAUCUGCAGUGGAUGUCUCUCCAUACCGAUACCGCCCUUACAAAGACCUCUCUGAGUUCCUCCGAGGCCUCUAUCUGAAUUACCCGCACAUCACAAAUCUCACCAGUUUGGGUCAGAGCGUUGAGUUCCGUCAGAUCUGGUCCCUUGAAAUCUCCAACAAGCCCAACCAGUCAGAGCCCGAGGAGCCAAAGAUCCGCUUUGUUGCUGGUAUUCACGGAAACGCUCCCGUUGGUACAGAGCUGCUCCUGACGCUGGCAGAAUUUCUUUGCAUGAACUACAAGAAGAACGCUGCAGUUACAAAGCUCAUUGACCGGACACGGAUUGUGAUUGUGCCUUCCCUGAAUCCAGACGGACGUGAGAUAGCGCAGGAGAGAGGCUGCACAUCGAAGAUAGGCCAGACAAAUGCUCAUGGCAGAGAUCUGGACACAGACUUCACAAGUAAAGCAAACCAAAGCCAACCUGAGACCAAAGCCAUCAUAGAGAACUUGAUACUGAAGCAGGAUUUCAGCCUCUCUGUUGCACUGGAUGGAGGAUCCCUGCUUGUCACUUACCCGUACGAUAAGCCAGCGCAGACAGUGGAGAACAAAGAAACACUGAAGCAUUUGGCAUCUCUCUAUGCCAACAACCAUCCAGUGAUGCAUUUGGGCCAGCCAGGCUGCCCAAAUAAAUCAGAUGAGAAUAUUCCUGGUGGUGUGAUCCAGGGCUCUGAAUGGCACAGCCACUUUGGAAGUAUGAAGGAUUUCAGCGUUACAUUUGGUCAUUGUCCAGAGAUCACUGUUUAUACCAGCUGCUGUUACUUCCCAAGCGCAGGGCAGCUCCCUGGCCUGUGGGCAGACCACAGGAAAUCUCUCCUUAGCAUGCUCGUGGAGGUUCAUAAAGGAGUCCAUGGGUUCGUCCAGGACAAGAGUGGCAAGGCAAUUUCUAAAGCUACCAUUGUUUUUAGUGAAGGUCUGAAAGUCUAUACUAAAGAAGGUGGCUAUUUCCAUGUGCUGUUGGCUCCAGGUUUGCAUAACAUCAAUGUGGAAGCAGAUGGGUACCAGCAGAAACACGUCAAGGUCUUUGUACGUCAUGAUGCACCCAGCUCUGUGCUCAUUGUAUUUGACACGGAAAACAGGAUAUUUGGUCUGCCCAGGGAGCUGGUUGUAACUGUUGCAGGUGCAAGUAUGUCCGCUCUGGUCCUCACUGCCUGUAUCAUCUGGUGUGUCUGCUCAAUUAAGUCCAACAGACACAAGGAUGGCUUCCACCGCCUCCGGCAGCACCACGACGAUUAUGAGGAUGAGAUCCGCAUGAUGUCCACCGGCUCCAAGAAGUCCCUCCUGAGCCAUGAAUUCCAGGAUGAAACAGACACUGAGGAAGAAACAUUGUACUCCAGCAAACACUGACACCUCUGGGGCAGGAAAGGAGAUACCCAUGAACCAGACCCAAUGGCAGAGGCAAUCCCUGUGGUUCAGUUUUGAAACAUUAGCUUGCAGGAUGUGUCCUCCAGAGGUGUGGGUGGCAGCUCCCAACUUCCCUCUACUAUUUGCUCUGUUCCUAUGUACGUGCAAAUCAGUGGGUGUUGGGGGUAAGGACAUGGGUUUUCAUUUUUGGGUCAAGAUCUGGAGGUUCAUGUGACAUUGUUUGAAAGGCAACUUAACAGGGUGGCCAGCACAAUUCCUAGCACUUCCCCAGCAUCUCAACACAGCGAGCAGAUGGUGGGGAAGUGCCUCAAAGCCUGCAUAGGGUUGUGGUUACAACACUCCAAAGCAGUUCCUCUACCUGUUUUGAUUUUGUGUUUUCCACUCUGUCCUUGAGGAAAGCCAGAUCCUUCACUUGACUCCACGUUCUGCAGAGCAGCCCUC